AUGUCUGGGCAACAAAAGCUAAUUAAUAACGCGAGGAUCGCGCGGCACAAAGCCAUCCACCAGAAGGUGUACAUUGGUGGUGUUAAAGGCUGCCAUACGCUGGAAACAGGUGUUGCGUACCACUACCGCGGCCACUUUGUCUACGCAUACCCAGCGGGCGUUCCCGUCGAACCAGUCCCGUAUUCGACCAAGCAAGGGAUUAACAUUGUCGGUGUGGCUCAACAUCUUGCGCCGCCUUACGAUCGAAACGCGCCGGAUCUGGUCGACGAGUGCACCAUCUCCGCCCUCAAGAGAGCAUGUGUUCACGAGUUUGAAUAUCAGCAGCAGCAGCAGCAGCAGCAGCAGCAGCAAGAAGAGCUCAGGAAGAAAGAGACUGAGGGAGUACUGGAAGAAGAGGCGAAGCCAAAGGAAGAAGUAGAGACCGAGGCCGAGACUGUGGCAGUGACUACUGACGCAAACGAGGAUGAUGUCACCACGACUCACAAGGAAACUGCACCGCAGCGUGUGUCAAGUGCGCCCCUCUCACGUGUCUCAUCAAAGACUACACUGUUUGUACCUACACCAGUAGCUUCGCGCAGUAUCUCACUUGCUGCCCUCAACGCCCGAAUUUCACCUGAUGCCCUCAACAGCACGAGCAUCUCACUUGCCGCGCUCAACAACGCCCCUCGCAUGGGAACUGUAGCAGCUCCUCUCCCCACCCAUGCACCUUCAACAUUGGCGGGCUUGAGAUUCACUCCCCACGAUCGUGGUCACUACCUCGCCUACUCCGCCCCAGGAUCACGCCAAGCUUCCAUCGACAACACUCCAUUGGUCUCGCGCGCCGUCUCACCCAACUACGGUCUUAGUGUUCCUGGCCAUGGUCUACAUCGUUCCGCAGCGAGCACUACGCGCCUGGAACAGCUACUAUCCGAAGAAGGUGUUCGUCGGUCUAUGACUUCUCUUCGCCUUCCUGGAUUCUCGGUGAAAGACUCGAUCGAAAAGUUUUCCGUGAAACAGGGCUGGAUGGAUCCCGAAGACGUGAUUGCGUUUGUGGAAAUUGUCUCGCAGCAUCCGUCGCGCCAGGCUUCACGGCAACAGUCCAGGGACAAUAGCCCGGGUCCUACGACUGACGAAGAGAAAGAUGGCUUGUAUCUCCAUAGGACCGGUCACUCGGAUAUGAUUGGUACCACUACUUCUAAGAAGCAGACGCCCAAUGAGAUACCUAUCGGGACGCGUAGUCCGUUUGACUCGUCUAGUGAUUCGGAGGAUGCGAAUGAGUUUGAGCCAUUACUAGGCGGACUGGAAUCUAAUCAUGUUCGGUCCAUGGAGGUAUUGUCCAAGCAGAAAAAGCCUGUCUCGCAAAAGUCAGAGACGCCUCAUGUUGGCUCCCAGAUUAAACCAUCUCCUCUGUCCCAGCUCAUGAUUAACCGCGCUCCUCGCAGCCCCAACCGCACCGACAUGCCCACGACACCUCCCUUCGCCUUCCCCAUUGUCCCGGAAACCGGUACCUCCGCCUUUCCGAGCUUCCAAGACACACCGCCCCGGUCCCCCUCCUACGUGCCCACCCACACAGGCCGCCCCCGCGCCGCAUCCAAGAUCCUCAAUGAAGCCUACAACGCCGCCAACCCGUCUAACUUACCUCGCACCCCGACAGUUUCCUCCAUGGCGGGCGCUGAGAAACCUGAUGUCAAGCAUCCUGUCACUACAUCCACACUGCGUUGCUCUAUCCACCACUCCGAGGCCUGCGACGGGAAGUUCGUCUCGCAGCAGCAUCUUACGCAACGCCAUCGGGAGGGUAAUGGGUUCAAGGACUUGGUGCCUACGAUCAACUGUGUGGAUGGUAGGACUAUGGUGGAUUGGGCGAUGAUUCGGGAUCAGGAGAUGGAGAAGAUGCGGAUUGAGAAGGGUGAGAAGUAG